CCCAAGCCCGAAUGAAAAAGGUGGAGGGUUGCUUAAGGCCAUAAAAAGCCAGUGUUGAAAACAUGUUAGUACUCAUAAGCAUGAUCCUAACUGUUUCAUGGUAAGACUAGUCCGUCACAAUAAAUUGAUGCAACAUAUAUUGACCUCUCAAGUUAUUAUGAGAAAUAGAGUUUUCUGUUCCUAAUUCUAACAUUUAAAGUGCCCAUUAGUUCUUUAAAUCAAGGUCUGCAAUACCGAAUGAUACUGCUCGUACCGAGCGGUACAUACCGGUCCGUCAAUAGACCAGUACACGGACCGCCCGCUACCGAGCGGUACCAUCAAUUAAGGCAUUAUCGUUAUCGAUUGAGGUGUUAUUAUCGACGGUGAUCGAGGGAGAAGAAAGAAGAGGGAGAAGACGAAGAAAGAAAUAGGAAAAAAAGGUAGAACCUGGAUGUCACCUCGCUCCUCCUCGUCUGUUGACGACUUCUCAUCUGUGCGCUGGAGAAGAGGCAUCGGCUUGUGGGGCGGAGAGAAGCGAAGAUUGUUUUUUUCUUCUCUUCUUGGGCAAUGUCGCCUCGGGCAUCAUCGUAAUAUUUUUGUUUUUUAGAUGUCGUAAUUUUUUUUUAUCUGCGACGUCGCCCCGCAUAGAGGUAAACUGUGCGGUUUACCUAUAUAUAUAUAUAUAUAUAUAUAUAUAUACACACACACACAGUAGUAUACCAAAAUAUACCACUCGGUAUAUAGUAUCAUACCGUAUCGAAUAAGUCUUGAAAUUUUGGUAUGGUACAAAAUUUCAAUCCUUGAUUUAAGUGACUUCUUUUAUGGACUAACAUGCAAAUAUCGGGACUAUGUAACUUAUAUAUCAUGAACUAGCAUUGUCCAUAAUGUAAGUUACUCAUCUAAGAAACCAACAAGUAUGCUUUCUGUGGAUGAUAAUUGUUAGGACGGGAAACCACAACAUGUGGAUAAGGUUCUUAAUGGUGAAAUUUUAUAGGUUGGAUCAAGGUAUGCAAUACCGUACCGUAUUAGUAUUUCGAGGUUGGCUCGGUAUGGUACAGUACCGUAUACCGAGCGGUACGUUAGGGUGUACCAAGCGGUACACCUAAUUUAGUUGUAAGACCCUCCGAAAAUACCUAAAAAUAAAAAAAAGAAGUUAGGAUAGGAUUUUUAAGUUAGAAAUAAAUAUAGUAAUAGCAUAAGUUUAGUAAAAUCAAUGUAAAUUAGGUAAGAAUAGUAUCAUUAUUUUUUUUAGGCUUUGAAGAAUAUCUUAUGCAAGGUUCGUAUUUCAGUUCAGUACGGAUUAUCCUUAUGUAAACAUACAUCUUGAUUAGAAAGUUCUUCCUUUUAAUCUUCCUAAAUUAACCUCGAUUCAAUUUACAAAUCGUUGUUUUGUAGAGUUUAGGAGAGCACAAAUGUGAGAAAAAAAGAGUUUGAGAUAGUUUAAGAGAGUAUGAGAAUGUAAUGGAGUGAAAUAAAGGAGAAGAAGGGUUUAAAUACCAUAAGAAAGGGUUCCAACGGUCAAUUUGACCAUUGGAGCACUGUAUCACUAUUACCGAGCGGUUUUAAAUAUUUCUUCCUCUUACUGUAGCAUUGUAGCACUCUAGCAUGUUCUGUCUGGUAGCGGGCGGUUCGCGUACCGGUAUGUCGUCGGAUCGGUACGUAUCGCCCGUAUCGGGUGGUACCAUUCUAAAUUGGUUGGAUCAAGAUUGACAAUCCUUGGAACAUGAUGAGAUAAACUACUCCACUCUAUUUGACUUUGUGAACUAAAACUUGAUGGUUAAUUUUUUUUUACACUUUUUAUUGGCAGCUGAAAUGACAUAUAUGAAUCUCCAAUUGAAUUGUGAGAGACACGAUGGCUAUGCAGGUCCAUUUCUCAAAGGAUUUGGACUGCCAUUUACAAGGACAAGUCUCCACAUUGUUAGUUUCAGAUGUUCUUCUGUUUCUUCUUUGCAUUUUGUUCUGUAAUAUUUUGUGUCAAACAUUGAAAUAAUUAUAGAUGAUGUGUUCCAUAUUACUUAAUAGAAAUUCUUUUGCUUUUUGGCUUUCCACGUGUUCAAAAGUGUUCUUUCUUAGUUUAGAGGAUUCCACAAUAAGUUUACGAAGAAACUAAUGUUAAUUAAAUUAUUUUUUCAUGCAUAUUAUGUGAAUGGAUAUGGUUUCUUAUCAAAUCAAUUUACAACCUGAUUUGGCAAUUUUGUACUUGAAUAGUUGGGUCUGUCUUCAAUAUUUGAUGAAAUUGUUAAAACUGAAGUAACCAGGCACAUGCAACCUACUGAUUACUUGAGCUUGUUUGGGGAAGAAUUCAAAUGAACUGAAGAUUAUUGGGAUGCUUCUUAUUUGAAUGUCUUGGAUAUAUCUGCAGCGGAAGAAGGCAGUCCUCAUGUCUUAUUUGGAUGUGCUUCACAAGCAAAAGCAGCAUGUGUAUUGAUUGAUUUAUGCUUUGGACCAUUAUCACCAUGGAUAUAUACAAUUACUGCAAAGGUUGAUCUUGCAAUUGAACUUCCGGAGGACCUCUUGGUGUUAUUCAAGAUAGGAUGAUGAUGUUAAAGUAAUAGCCAGAACUGUUGGAUUGCACCGUCUGAUCUCGUUAAAUUUUUAUCCGUUUCUUCAAAAAUAUGUUCAGCCUCAUCAACGUGAUGUCACCGAUUUGCUUGCUGCAGCUGUCCAGGCCUGCCAUGAUAUGGUUGUGCUUUUUUUACUGUAGAUUUUCUAAGCAUUCAUAGUCAAGGCAUGCUGUUCCCAGUUCUGUUCUUCAGAUAGAAGAACUCAUCGAAGCUGUUUUUAUUUGAAUAGUACCUCCUGAUGCGGUUGAACCCUUAUUGAAACAAAUUGUGAAUCAAUUUGUGCAUGAUCGUUCUCGCACAGAGGCCAUUGCUGUUGGGCUGAAUGUUGUGAGGGAGAUCUGUAUCAGGAUGCCUUUGUUAAUGAAUGAAGAUCUGCUUCAAGACUUGGUCUUGUACAAAAAAUCACAUGAGAAGGCAGUUUCUUCAGCAGCUCGCUCCUUGAUAACUUUAUUCAGAGAGAUAUGCCCUUCUUUAUUGGUCAAAAAGGACCGUGGCCGUCCGGUCAAUCCCAAAGCAAGGCCAAAAGCAUAUGGAGAAGUUAGUAUAGCUACUGAUGUGCCUGACAUAGAGUUGCUGGAACACGUUGAUAACUCGAUGACUGACAGUUCUGAUGCUGAGGCUUCUGCAUCAGAUUUGGAGGAUGAGUAUGACAGUGAUGCUGAGACAGAGAAAGAGGAUGAUUCUUUGGAAGAUGAAGAAGAGGAUGAUGAGGUUUCAGAUGAAAAAAAUGAAGAAGAUUUAGGUAACAGUGAUAACAUUGAUGGGGAGGAAGAUGAUGGUGAUGAUCUUGAUGAUGAUAUUGAUGAGAAUGCUGCCUAUGAUGAAUAUGAUAGUGAUACUAAAGAUGUGGAUCUUAGUGAUGAUAAUAUGGAUAUCUCCAGUGAGCUAGAUGCAUCAAGGAAAAAGUCUUCUAAUGACAUCUGCAAUGAUGAUGACCUCAGUAAUCAUGAAUGCGCUUGUGAUGACAACGAUGAAAUAAAGGAAGAGGAGAAGGCCAAAUCAAAGAAGAGGAAGUUUGCGGAUUAUGUUGGACAACUGAAUACUUCAGAAUCAAGUCUUCGCACCCUUAAAAGACUAACAAUGGCCAAGAUGUCACAGAAAGCAUCAGAUGAAACAGAUGGAAUUCUUUCUAAUGAAGAUUUUCAACGUAUAAAAGAGUUGAAGGCAAAGAAAGAAGCAAAGCUGGUUAUGGCUCAGCAAGGUCUUUUGAGAAAGGGUAUAGACUCGAAAGUCUCAUCUUUCAAAAUUCCCUCUUCUGAGCAAUUAAGUAUAAAGCCAGUGGAUCCUGCUAUGCUAGAGGUCCACAUUAAAAGAAAGCUUAGCAAGGAGGAACGACUGGCCCUAGUAAGAGCUGGGAGGGAGGAUAGAGGAAAGUAUCAGGCCAGAACUGCUCUGAAACAAAAAAAGGUUAGCCUGUAUUGGAUUUAUGACAUGUUACGUGACAAUUUUUUGUUUUUAGUGCAGAUUAAAAUAUAGUGACAUUCCUAUAUUUUAUGAUAGUUUGUGUCACUGCGUGAGAUGAGAGCCCGGGGUUGGAAGGCGAUUGCGUUGAUGUGGCUGUAGCUGUUGCGACCCAAGGGGCGAUCGCCGAGCAAUGGGGUUGAGGCUGCGAUGAUAGCAACCUAUGGUUGUGGCAGAAUAUGCUAAGCAAGGGGGAGGCGGUGUUGAUGCGGCCGAGUUUGAGAAGAGGAAUCAAUGUUGCGUGCACUGUUGGGGUUGAGGCAAGGCAGCGUACUUGCUGCUGUUGCUGCGUUCGUUGUUGGAGGGCGACUGCUGCAGAAUGUGGGGUUGGUCGUUGGCCGGGAGCGACGACGGUGGUUACAAUCGAUGGUUACGACAGCAGAGGGUGCCAUUGUUUUUGUUGCUGCGUGGUGAUUCUAUUUUUGUCGCACCACCGAAGGAGUUGGCCGGAAGGAUCACGAGCGGUUGAGGAGAAGGCUGCGGUGGCUGGCAGCACCGGUGGUCACUGGUCGGAGCGCAGCGUUGGCGGUGGAGAAAAAGGCAGCGAGCGUCGUCGCUGGCCGGGAAGUUGCGAUGCUGGAGAUGGGAAACAGGGUGCUCUAUUUCUAUCGCACCACAGCCGGAGCCGCUGGCGAUGCUGGCAACGGCGGCGCGGCGGUGAUCGUGCGACCGAGAAGCAACGACAGUGGUGAAGGAGUCGGCAGAGUCAGCAGUGUCACGGUUGGGAACAAGGGCAACCGGUGAGUUGCCCUGUUUCUGGCACUACGGAUGCAGAGCAAGGAGGAUCGGUUGCUGGGAGGCAUGCGGCGGUCGUCGCACGGUGGCCCGCAGCAGUGAUGGGUCGGUUGGUCGGCGACGGCGCUGGAGGGGAAGAGGAGUGUUGGAGGCGGCGCGGCUGCGAUCGACGAGGGGCUGCGGCACAGAGGAACUCUGUUUCUGCAACCGUUGCAACGAGGGGCUGCGGCAACAGGCACGCUGUUCUAGCGCCAUUUGGUAUCAGAGCAGCGAUCCUUCGCGUUCUCGUUGCAACGAAGCUAUCAAAAAAAAAAAAAAACGAAGAAAGAAAGAAAGAAAGAAAGAAAGAAAGAAAGAGAGAAGAAGAAGCAGCAACCGCAGCCACGCACCCCAGCUUCCCCUGCGUCCGGCCAGCGCCCACCAUCGCCCCGCUUCCCGACUAGCGACAACCACCGCCGUCGUUGUUCCCCGGCCAGGAGACGACGCUGCCAGCGUCCAUCCCAGCCCUACUGCCGCCGCUCGCCUCCCCUUGCGUUGCAGCGCAGCCGCUCGACUCUUCUCCUCGGCGAUCGUUGGUGACGUUGCUCCCAGCCGCGCCACCACCGUUGCCUCUCCACCGCAACCCUAGCCGUGCCCCCCCCCUUGGGUCGCAGCCGCAGCCGCCUGUUGCCGCAGCCCCUCGUUGCAACGGUUGCAGAAACAUAGUUCCUCUGUUUCGUCGAUCACAGCAGCGCCUCCACCAGCCGCGCCGCCUCCAGCACUCCUCUUCCCCUCCAGCGCCGUCGCCGACCAGUCGACCCAUCAUUGCUGCGGGCCACCGUGCGACGACCGCCGCACGCCUCCCAGCAGCCGAUCCUCCUUGCUCUGCAUCCGUAGUGCCAGAAACAGGGCAACUCACCGGUUGCCCUUGUUCCCAACCGUGACACCGCUGACUCCUCCACCGCUGCCGUUGCUUCUCGGCCGCACGAUCACCGCCGCGCCGCCGUUGCCAGCAUCGCCAGCGGCUCCGGCUGUGGUGCGAUAGAAACAGAGCACCCUGUUUCCCAUCUCCAGCAUCGCAACUUCCCGGCUAGCGACGACGCUCGCUGCCUUUUUCUCCACCGCCAACGCUGCGCUCCGGCCAGUGACCACCGGUGCUGCUAGCCACCGCAGCCUUCUCCUCAACCGCUCAUGAUCCUUCCGGCCAACUCCUUCGGUGGUGCGACAAAAACAAAAUCACCACGCAGCAACAAAAACAGUGGCACCCUCUGCUGCCGUAGCCAUCGAUUGUAACCACGUCGUUGCUCCCGGCCAACGACCAACCCCACGUUCUGCAGCAAUCGCCCUCCAACAACGAACGCAGCAACAGCAGCAAGUACGCUGCCUUGCCUCAACCCCAGCAGCGCAUGCAACAUUGAUUCCUCUUCUCAACCUCGGCCGCAUCAACGCCGCCUCCCCCUUGCUUAGCAUAUUCUGCUUUUGUAAGCUGUUUCGUGCGUUAGUGAGUUUCUUGGGUUGGGUGCGUGAGUCUUGAAAUGCAAGCAAAGCUGGUUAUUUACUUGACUAUCUGGUUAUUUACGUGUACUAUGUGAAAUGCUACUUCUUUCUUUAAUGCAAGCAAAGCCAUUUACUUGA